ACUGACUGUAUUUUUAUGAAAACAGAAACUGAGACAGUGAUGAUGACGGUGGCUGAUGAAGCGGCUGCUGAAGCCACCAACGAAGUCAUGAGCGUCUGUCUGAACGAGACUGAGGAGGAAACUCUGGAGAAACAUCUGGAUCAUCUAGUGAGCACCAACAAUGAUGCAGCUGAAGCCAUCAGAGAGCUCCUGGAGAUCCUGUUCCAUGAUGCUGUGUCGGCGAGUGUCCAGCCUCUGGCAGGAGACGAGCGGCUGAAGCUGAAGGACGAUGUAGCUGAAGCUGAAACUGCUGAGGAACAUCUGGACCUGAAAGAGGCUUCAGACAGUGAUGACCAGCCUCUGGAGAAAGAUGUGAUCAGCGUAAUAGAAGCUGAAGCUCAGCCUGAAGCCACCAAAGACAGUCUGAACGUCUACCUGGAAGAGACUCAAACCCCAGAGAACCAACUUCUGACUGAACAGGAUGUGAAGAAAAGCGACCCUCCUGAGGAAGAAGAGACCAAAAAGAGAAAAACCAGGAGAGGAACCAGAGGAAAAGGACGGAAAAUCCACUAUAAUAAAGACAAAGAUCCAAAUGACAAACUUAACGAACAGAGAACCCAACAAGUCUUUUUGCCGAGAGGUUCUUCUGGACAGACGAACAACAUAAAGAGCUGUGAUGAUGAAAGCAGGGAGGUGGUCCGUCCCAGACGGGUGCAGGAAGAGUGGGAUAGCAGAUCUAAUGCAGUCCCGUACACCCUCACAGUCUGGAGGACAGGAUGGAGAGAAGAACAAACGACAGAAGGACCCCACCGGUGGCAGCAUGACCUAAAGAACUGCGAUGAAGAACGCAGGCAGGUGUUCCAUGCCAGACGGGUGCAGGAAGAGAUGGACACGGGUUAUUAUGCAGUGCCGUUCACCCUCAUAGUCUGGGGGAAAGGAUGGUGGCAGGAACACCAAUCAACACUAAAACCUGAGAGAGACAGAGAACCCGAGAGAGACCAAGAACCUGAGUGA